AUGGAAAUCCUAUCAAUAGUUAAGCUGUUUCUGCUGCUUCUUCUCCCUUUUCUCGGAUCUAGUCAAUUUCUAGACCCAGCUUGUGGAAUUCGGGCACAAACAUUUUCAACGCGGGUCAAAAAUGGCACCAUAGCGAAACCUUAUUCGAGUCCCUGGAUGGUUUUUCUAAAGGCAACAGACGAAACUUUCGUGUGUGGAGGAACCCUGAUUACUAAUAGACUCGUACUCACUGCAGCCCAUUGCUUUCAAUCAAAGAAGCAAUUAUACGCUCGACUUGGGGAGUAUAUAAGGAGCCGACCAAAUGGCUGUACAAACAAUCACUGCCAGUUUCGAUCGACGCAUUUGGUGGACGCGGGUUUCCAGCAUCGCCUUUACAAUCCAAAAACACAUGCCAACGAUAUUGCCAUUCUACGACUGGCAAAACCUGUGGUUUACAGAGAUGACAUCAGACCCAUUUGCAUUGUUUGGGAUACCAAGUGGAGGCAGUACAUCAAUAACAUUCAAAUGUUGACCGCCACAGGAUGGGGUAUUACCGAAUCAGGUCUUGAUAGUGAUGAACUCAGAACACUGGACAUUCGCCGCCAACCACCAGGAGUUUGCACCCAAUUUAUUGGCAGUGUUCUCGAAAGUAACCAGUUUUGCGCGGGGAAUUGGCUAAGUAAUCUGUGCAAUGGCGAUUCUGGCGGUCCAAUAGGGGCUCUGGUGCCUUAUAAAAACAAACAUCGCUUUAUUCAGAUCGGCAUUGCCAGCCUAACAAAUCAAAGGUGUCAGAAAGCAAGUGUUUUCACCGACAUCAUGAGCCACAUAGACUUUAUUCUUCGGGUGUAUAAGCAGUUCGGAAAUGGACAAAAAUCUCCAGUUCCAAAGACGACAGUAAAGCCACCGACAAUAAAAACAACGACAAAACAACCAACAACAACAACGACGAGGACAACAACGAAGAGAACAACAACGACUCGUCGUCCUGUUGUAGAAUUCGAGCCGAGUUUCGAAGACGAUUAUAGUUGGGAUUCUGGGGAGUACUCCGACGAAUAUUUAUAUCCAAGUUAUUUUCCAGUGCAGUAUCCAAAUCAGUUUCCAGUUUAUUUUUUUUAA